AUGGCUAGACCUUCCACAGCAGAGAUGCUUUGCUUGAUUAACAAGAGCUUGGUUAACUAUUUCCGUCGUCUUCCUUUGUCAAUUAGCCAGAGUACGGUUUUGGAGCAGUGUGAUGCUCGCCUAGCUGCAAAUUUGCAAGGAAACAUGCAUCUAUCGACCAGUCAACCCACUUUACUUCCCCCAAACGACGCAACCAAUUGUUGUGCGUUUCUUGCUCUUGGAAUUUGCGACCGAUUGUUACACGGCACUGACUUAUGUCAACAAGCAGAAUGGGAACGCGUGUGUGGAAUCGUCGAGGACGUCAUCUCUAAUCUUCCUUCAAACGUGAAUAAGCACCGUGAUAUUGGUCAAUUUUAUGAUGUUGCAGAAGCUCUUUCCAUUUUAUCAACCAAUGACUUGCUUUUUGAGGAAUACGAACUUUCUGAGGAAUGCGUAUCAGCCAACAAAGUUUUUUCUUCAGCUGGAAGAGAUGAGAUAAUGGAAAGUUUAACGUUGAAGGUAUCGCAAGGCGAAAUGUGUAUGGGAAUUUAUACCUGUAGCCCUUACAUAUUUACAAUAGGUAUUUGCAACAACGCUGUAUUUCUCGUCGACACCCAUCCUGUAAAUGAAGAGCUUGGCGGAAAUGGUAGUGGGCUUCUAAUGGUGACUCCAGAUUCGAGCUAUGGGUCAUGUAAAUCAGUCAUUCAAUGGCUAUUACAACGAUUAACAAUGGCAGGAGUGAAAGGCAACGCGAGCCAAAGCAUGACCUGGUUGACAUCACAGCAAGGUUAGUGAAUUGAAGUUUGAAUAAAUAAUACAUCGCCAUGCCAGCUUUACUGAUAUUUUACCAAAACGAUGGUUCAUAACUUUUGAACUUUCGAUUGUAAAGUUAUGCCUUUUAAGUAUGUGAUAUAUGCCGCCAUAUAUCAUGCCACCAUCUACCAUAUCACAUACUAUGCUAUAUGCCGCCAUAAUUCAUUGUUGUUUCGUUAAAAAGAAAUUUAAAAUCAGGUUUAAAAUGUAACUUCCAAUUUGCCUUUAGAGAGGUUCAUGCCAUUAGAGCUAGAUUUGGUUUCCACUACCACAACUGUUAUUCAAUAUGUCUGUAGUACCAACAAUGUAAAAAGCUAUUUAAGGUAUCGGUAAUCGGAGACCGAGGGAGCAGGUUGGCUGGCUGGGCUGAGUGUUCACCAUCAACCAAUGAUACGUAGUCAAACGCUAUUAUAAUCAAUAACAUCACCUUUCAAUGUUGUACAUAAAAUGAAUCGCCCGUUGCCCUCGUGAUGACACUAAAAUGGAGUAUCGAAAUAUUGGGUCGUUAACAGUAACAUGUAAUUUUAUGAACAUAAAAGUUAUUACAAAUCAGAUUACCUUUAUAAUGUGUCCGAUCCAUUCUUCUGUAUUUUUGUCUACUUAGAGGAGAAAAACCGAUCUAAAGAAGUGGAAUAUUGUGAAAAUUCAAUUGACCAGAUUCAGGAUGAGGACAUGGAAUCUUUAAUUGCGAGAGAGCUUCAAAAUUAUGGCGAAUCCAAUGGAGCAACUGGCGAGGUGCGUGAGCGUGUAAUUUAGGAUGAAUUACUGCAGGUCUUUGCUAUUUGCUACGUUAACACGGGCGUGGCUAACUCUGCAAAAUCUUUACUCACUGGUUAGCUGUUCCCGUUAGAUUGGACUAAUCUGAUUACAUUUGAGUGUUCUCAGUGUUACCAACGACCUUCUUUCGAGGAUUUGUUAACAACUCCCUCCCCCCCAGGUUAUUAUUAUUUUAUUGUAAUAUAAUUAUAUUGAAUAUUGAAAUUAGAACUUUUUUUCGAAAAACAAGAUAACAAAGGAUGAAGACAGAGCUUUCGAAAGGGUCGAGCUGAGCAGUGACAGCGAAUCUGCAGAGGAACGUAAAGGUAUGGUAUAGUCAGGAUUCUAUUUCAGCAGAAUGAGUAAACUUCAUCUUUACUUGUCUCUACUUUUCUUCUUUACCUCUUCUUUUUUUGCUACUGCUAAACAUUUGUUUUUACGCUCAGUUUUGGAAAUAUUUUGGGACGUUUUGUUUUAGAAAAAAAGUCGAUCUUCCCCCCUAUCGCCAACAUUUUCUGGAAAUUGUUUUGGAAAUUUCAACAAGGCUGUACCAAAUUGAUCUAAGAAGUGUGAGCAUCAUACUAAAUUCAUGAAAACAUUUUACAGUUGCACUGCUUGCAGAACGAUAAGUUUAACGCUGCACGUCUAUUCAUUUCAUGCAAUGUUUGACAUCAAGAAAAAUAACAAAUGUUUCGGAAUUUGCAAUAUUCCUUAUUCUUUCUAGUCAAUUACUGGAUGAUUUAUUUAAACAGGUCGAGAGAAUCAAGACAGGGAACACAUCCCAACAUGAUAGAAUACAGGAGAAUUUGACAGGUACUGUAUCUUCGGAGGUAUAUAACAUGAAAUUUAGUAGGGCCUAUUAAGCCUUCCUUUUGUGUUUGAUUAACAUUCAGUAUUACCAACGGUUUUUUAACAUUUUAUCCACAAUCUUUACUACCGGACAAAGUGACUUGCCUUGUCAAAAAUAUACAAGCUGCGUAUGCCAAGGUGUUAAGUACCAUCCAAAAAUGCAUUUUAAAGAUGUCUGUGACGAAAAUAGGUCAUCGAAGUAGAACCAUAUUUUGCUGACAAGAUAGCUCUAUUAUUUAACUGAAUUAGUAUUCGCCGAAUUCGAAGGCGAGGUGAUUAUCGGUGAAUAAAAUCCGAGACGAAGUCGAGGUUUUUUAUUCACGAUAACACCGAGCCUGAGGUGAAUAAUGGUUUUAGUAUACUUUCAUAGGUGAUUAUUUUGGAGAAAAAAAAUACUCAUCUUCGUCAUUUAAUUUAAUUGACAAAAUGGCUUCGGCCGCCAUUUCGAAAAUCGCUUUGGUGAUUAUCGCGUUAUAACCAGACACAAUACUAAAAUGCGGUGCCUGCCUAGUACAAAUAAAACUUUUGGCGUUUCCCGAAAACGAGAAAACCAACAAUUCCGAAGUUAUCAAGGAUCAAACGGACUGCAUUUUUAAUUAGUUUAAUAAUUUUGAGCGAUUUGUGAACAAUACAAUUUCGCUUGUAUUUCAAAGGCCAUAAAUCGCUAGAAAUAAGAGAUAAGGCGCAGAAAAAAGUCAAUCGUGAGAGUCCGAGAUUAAUUGGAAAGAAAACUUUCCUCGAAAAAAGGAAUUCGAAAAACGUGAAAGGAUUAUUUUGGCGGCUUGUCUUUCAAAGGCCAUAAAUCGCUAGAAUAGAAAUCAAUCUUGAAACCAAUUUUCAAUCCGUGAAUACAACUUUUCACGCUGAUUCGAACAGUGGUAUUUUUGUCCUUGUUUGACGCAUAAAACCAGAGAUAAAGCCUGGGAAAGGCGAUAUAGUAGGCGAUUAAGGAAACGUAUUGAUGCGAACACACUAACAAACUAACAAACUAACUAACAAACUCACAGGCAGAAUAUAAUGCGGUGCCAAACUUGGCACGGGCACCGCAAUCACCUCAACGGCAACCAAUCAGCGCGCGUGCAGAAUUUUCAAUAAUCACCUAAGUAAUUAUACUAAAGUACUAUUAAAGUUCAGACGAACAUAAUUAAAAUUGGGAAAUUGACAGACCAAUACUCUUUGGGUCUGUCAAUUUCCCGUUUGUAAUUCAAAAUGACUGAAAAACGGCAAACUUCGCAAGGCUAUAUUAUCCGCAUUUUACAACAUUUCGCAACGAAACUUCGGAAUAUUACUAAUUUUGUGACGCUCUGUCAAGCUGUAAUGAAAUUUUUGUCUAGACUUGUUGAGAUCAAAAUUUUGUCUAUUACGCAAGUGGUCAAUUCAACAAACAUUUUGGUCAGACGUAAUAUACUACAAACACAGCGUGUUACGGUUAAAGCAUAUUCGGAUAAAUGUUACAAGCUUUUAAUAGUUGUUUAUCUAAUGGUAUAUAGCCUUUCAGGCUUUCACACGAGCAAGAUUUAAGACUAUUACGUCACAGACACUUUAAGUUAAGACUAUAUCUUGCUUUUUUGCUCUGGUUUUUUUUUUUCGUCAUCAUUUUUUAUAAGAAAUAACAAUGACAUUCAUAAAACGUUAAAUCUGAUCAAGUGACUAAUAACAACAAAUAUUCUUAGCAACAACUAACAGUGAUGCAAGUUCUGCGAGAAUCGACCAAUCAUCCGUUUCAACUGAUGGCAGUGACUUACGCGAAGGAUACGUUGAAGCCGUACGCUUUUACAACGAUGAUCCUGCACUCCCCGUAUACCAUUGGGGAUUAACAAAGGGAAUGGCUACAGAUGACGUAGCAAUGGUGCUUAUACAAGAAAAGAUUGAGCAGUCAAAGAUAGCAACAAAAGUUCCAACGAACGUAAGCAAAAACACUGUGUUUGUUGUUGAUACAACCGAAUUACGCGAUGAUCAGGACAUGAGAUGUGACGACAUGCUUGGCUAUGCACUGGAUCAAGAAGAUAUGGCUAUAGUGUGGACGACACGGGGAAUAUCAACAGUGAGGCAGAGCUGGCCAACAAAAGUCAUGAAAAACAGUACCAGUUAA